GUUGAGACCGGUGGUGAUGGGACUAACUUCUUUUUUUAGAGUGAGAAAACAAGAGAGAGAGAAUCUUUUCUCCAUUUCCCCCCUCUUUCUGAAAGAUGGUCGAGGAGAGUUUUCACCUCUGAGAUCAUCCUGGAAAGGGCACUCAACCAAAUCCCAUGCCACAUUCUUCUCUGUGUUGCAUCAACAUUGUAAUUAUCCAAUUUUCCAAUCCAUAUUCUUCCAUCAGCUCACAAUUUUGAGUGUCCAACCGCAAUUUCCCCUCCUCAUCAUUUGCAAUAUCGUCAACCUUUUCUUGUCGAUUGCGCAGAAUCUCGAAAAGGGCUGCGAAUUUCAUUCUUGUCUCCCAUUGUCUGCUAAAGGUCGAAUCUAAAAAUAGUUCAUUGAGCCGGAUGAUGCAGUUAUAGCAAGAGUAGGAGCUGAUGCAGGAUGAAAGACCCGAAUUUUGUUGAAUAGAAUCAAGAGGGCUUAUAUAGAUUGUUGUACUUGCCAUGUAGUUUUGGCCUAGUAGUGAGAUUGUGAAUCUAGUUUUCUUGGUUUAGUGAUUUUUUGUCCGAGUAAUUCUACAUUGCUCGGAAGAUUAUCUGCACUAGAAAGCUGGAGAUUAUAUUUAUCAUCUUGUGUAGACUCCUGGCUGUUGGAAGAAACUGCCUCCCACACGAUACAAAUGGUUCUGCGAGCAAUGGCUGGUAGAUGGACUACUUGUGGGAUGCAACUCUUUUGUUCCGUGCUUUUAAUUAUUGCCUUGGAAAUUCGUGGUUGUUUGUCCCUCAAUUCGGAAGGGUUGGCGUUGUUUCAAUUCAGAGCAAAGUUGGAGUUCGACCCUUUUGGUGCUUUAGCAAAUUGGAAUCCUGAUGACUCUGAUCCGUGCAUGUGGUCAGGGAUUGAAUGUGUGGAUGGUAAUGUGGUCUUGCUAGAUCUCAAUGGGCAUGAUUUGGAGGGAGAGUUGGCGCCAGAGCUUGGAAAUUUAAGUCAUUUAAGAUUUCUUGACCUAUCCAAGAACUACCUAUCGGGCAACAUUCCUCGAGGGUUUGGACAGCUUACAUCACUGGAAGUAUUGGACCUGAGAGAUAAUAACUUGAGCGGACCACUUCCUACAGAACUAGGCAAACUGCGUUCCUUAAAACGCUUGUUGCUCUGUAAUAAUAGAUUCGAAGGAAGUAUGCCUGUGGAGAUUGAGAAGCUUAGUUUGCUAACUGAUUUGCAGUUGGAUGGCAUCUUUACAACUGCUGAUGCUGCUGGAAUUGGCUGCACAAAUAGAAAAUUUGGGCACUGCAUAUUGCAGAGUGCUUCUAAACAACCCAAAAAGUCUGCCCGUACGCCUACUAAAAGGAGCAUACCUCAUUACCUGAAUCUGCUCCCGCAGUUCAGCUUUGGCAGUGAAUUGUCCCAGAAUCAUGCUGAUGAUAGCUACAACAAUCUAACAGAUCCGCCUGAGCAACGCUUUAUCCAGAACACAUAUGAGGAAGUGAAUACUGCGCGCCGCAUACUAGUUGAACAGUCCACUAACCUUGUUGCCCUUCCUCCUAAUAUUCCAUCCCUACCCCCAUUGGAGCCCGAGGCAACUCUUCCAAGCAGAAGUAGUGGGUCAUUCCCUGCCGUUCCAACAGUAUCUCCUCCUGUACCCUCACCUCCUCUAGGUCAAGAGGAUAAGCCUCCUGACACAGCUGCUGGAGAUUCGGGCAGCUCACUCAUAUUUAUAAUUGGGAUUUCGGCUGCAAUUUUCUUUCUCAUUCUUCUAGCGAUUAUGUUCAUCAUCUCCAGAAGCAGGGCAGCUAAAACAAUUGUUCCUUGGAAGACUGGGUUGAGUGGGCAGUUGCAGAAAGCUUUUGUUACAGGGGUCCCUAAGUUGAACAGAGCUGAGCUAGAAACUGCAUGUGAGGAUUUCAGCAACAUUAUCACCACACAAGAUGGUGUGGCCACUUUGUACAAGGGAACUUUAUCCAGUGGGGUAGAGAUCUGUGUUGCUUCGACUGCUAUUGCUUCGACAAGUGCAUGGUCAAAACAAGCAGAAUUAGCAUUUAGGAAGAAGAUUGAUAGUUUGUCGCGAGUGAAUCACAAGAAUUUCGUGAAUCUUCUCGGCUACUGUGAAGAAGAUAAACCUUUCACAAGGAUGAUGGUCUUCGAGUAUGCUCCAAAUGGCACUCUCUUUGAACAUCUGCACGUUGAAGAAUACGAACACCUCGACUGGGAAGCACGGAUGCGGAUAAUAAUGGGAACUGCAUAUUGCCUUCUCUACAUGCACGAACUCAAUCCACCAAUAGCAGUCGUCAACUUGACUUCCAAAGAGAUUCUUCUGACCGAUGAUUAUGCUGCCAAAAUUUCUGAUGUAGCUUUCUGGGAGGAUCUCAUAACCAAGUCCAAAGCUCCUGCUCCUGCAGAAAAUGAGUCGGAGCAUUCCUUACUGCCUCCACUUGCUGAUGUCGAAACAAAUGUUUACUUCUUCGGGAUACUGCUGCUUCAGAUCAUCUCUGGAAGGCUUCCUUACUCGAAAGAGAAUGGAGAUCUUCUAAACUGGGCUUCUCAGCACUUCAAUGACAAGAGCAUCAAGAACUUGGUUGAUCCAGCUCUGGAGUCUGUAAAAGACAACGAGCUCGAAGUGGUGUGCGAGGUGAUACAGAUGUGCACUCAACAAGAAGCGAGGAAAAGACCUUCAAUGAAGGAAGCCGUUCAGAUAUUGAGACAAGCCCUCGGAAUCUCGCCCGAAGCAGCAACGCCGAGACUCUCUCCCCUUUGGUGGGCUGAACUUGAGAUCUUAUCACAAGAGGCAGCUUGAAUUUUCGUGGAAUGUAAAUGUCAUUUUACUACAAAAGGCGCUUUGUAAGUAUUUUCUCAUAUUCUUUCUUGUGUACAAUGCCAUUCCUAUAAAGUUCUUUGCUUCUUUUCAAAAAGAUUGGUGUAUACUGUAUAGUAGUUGCGUGCAUUGUGACAGAUGUUUUUGUUGAAAUCAACCUUGAAGAGCGAGGCAUAUGACUGUAUAUAUAGAUUUCAUGUCGUUUUGCA